AUGUCCCAUCUACCCAUGAAACUCCUGCACAAGAAGAUAGAGAAACAGAAUCUCAAGUUGCACCUGCGACACCUGAAGCUCCAGGGGGCCUCAGAUGUGAGCUUAUCAGAAACACAAAAUGGAGAUGUGUCUGAAGAAACAGUGGGAGGUGGGAAGGUUAAAAAAUCUCUAAAACAGUCUCUGAACAUGGGCUCGUCAGAAGCCCAGAAUGGAGAGGUAGCUAAAGAAACAGUGGAAACUGUACAAAUAAGAAAGAAAGAAAGAAAAUCUACCAUAAUAAUCAAUGGAGAAGCAGCAACACAGCCUCCCGAUUCAGAAUCAAAAAAAAAGAAGAAGAAAAAAAGAAAAAUGGUGGAUGACACUGGGCCUGAAAAAAAAUCAAAAACUGAAGACAAAGGGGACUCUGAAGAAGGGACCCAGGCUCCUGAAGAGACAGAAAACAAUGAGGAGAAGCCAGAUGAUGAGGAAGAGGACAGUGAAGUGCCCAGCCUACCCCUGGGACUGACAGGAGCUUUUGAGGAUACUUCAUUUGCUUCUCUUUCUGAUCUUGUCAAUGAGAACACUCUGAAGGCAAUAAAAGAAUUGGCUUUUACAAACAUGACUGAAAUUCAGCAUAAAAGUAUCAGACCACUUCUGGAAGACAGGGAUCUCCUUGCGGCCGCAAAAACAGGCAGUGGCAAAACGCUGGCAUUUCUCAUUCCUGCAGUCGAACUCAUUGUCAAGUUAAAGUUCAUGCCUAGGAAUAGAACAGGAGUUCUUAUUCUCUUACCUACUAGGGAACUGGCCAUGCAGACUUUGGGUGUUCUUAAAGAGUUAAUGACACACCAUGUUCACACAUACGGGUUAAUGGGUGGCAGCAACAGAUCUGCUGAAGCACAGAAACUUGAUAAUGGGAUCAACAUCAUCGUGGCCACACCAGGCUGUCUCCUGGGCCACAUGCAGAAUACCCCAGGUUUUAUGUAUAAAAAUCUACAAUGUCUGGUUAUUGAUGAGGCUCAUCUUAUCUUGGAUGUUGGGUUUGAAGAGGAAUUAAAACAAAUUAUUAAACUUCUGCCAACACGCAGGCAAAGCAUGCUCUUUUCUGCCACACAAAUUCGAAAAGUUGAAGACUUGGCAAGGAUUUCUUUGAAAAAGGAGCCAUUGUAUGUUGGUGUUGAUGACGAUAAAGCUAAUGCAACAGUGGAUGGUCUUGAGCAGGGAUAUGUUGUUUGUCCCUCAGAAAAGAGGUUCCUUCUGUUCUUUACAUUCCUUAAGAAGAACCGGAAGAAGAAACUGAUGGUCUUCUUUUCAUCCUGUAAGUCCAUGAAAUACCACUAUGAGUUGCUGAACUACAUCAAUUUGCCUGUCUUGGCCAUUCAUGGAAGGCAGAGAAAAAAUAAGUGUACAACCACAUUCUUCCAGUUCUACAAUGCUGAUUCGGGGAUAUUGUUGUGUACAGACACGGCAGCUAGAGGGCUAGAUAUUCCUGAAGUCGACUGGAUUGUUCAGUAUGACCCUCCAGAUGACCCCAAGGAAUAUAUUCGUGUGGGAAGAACAGCCAGAGGCCUAAACGGAAGAGGUCACGCCUUGCUCAUCUUACGCCCUGAAGAGUUGGGUUUCCUUCGUUACUUGAAGCAAUCCAAGGUUCCAUUAAGUGAAUUUGAGUUUUCCUGGUCCAAGAUUUCUGACAUUCAGUCUCAGCUUGAAAAAUUGAUUGAAAAGAACUACUUCCUUCAUAAGUCAGCGCAGGAGGCAUAUAAGUCCUACAUUCGAGCAUAUGAUUACCAUUCUCUGAAACAGAUCUUCAUUAAUAACUUAAAUUUGCCUCAAGUUGCUCUGUCAUUUGGUUUCAAGGUGCCUCCUCUUGUUGAUCUGAACGUGAACAGCAAUGAUGGCAAGCUUAAAAAGAGAGGAGGUGGCGGCAGCUUUGCAUACCAGAAAGCCAAGAAAGUUGAGAAGUACAAAAUCUUCAAACACAUUAGCAGGAAGUCCUCCGACAGCCGGCAGUUCUCCCACUAAAGACACA